CAACAACAUUACAUGAGAAACAAACAGCUGGCUGAUAAAUUUACGUGUGAAAUUAAUAAAGAAAGAAGAAUUUUGUGGAAGGAAAAUUUUUAUAAAAUAUUGCGAAAACAUAAAAAAGAAGAACAAAUUGCAGUAAAAUUAAACAAAUAAAGUGAAGAGAAAAGGCUAUAUAUAGCAAAAACUCCUAAUGCCUAAAUAAAGAUUGUGGAAAGUGAAGAAAAGUUGAUAGCUUUUUUUUUGUUGUAAACAAUGGAUGAUUUGUCACAAGGCGACAUUUGUCGCGUUUGUCGUUGUGAGGCUCAGUCGGAUCGUCCUCUUUUCUAUCCUUGCGUCUGUACGGGCAGUAUAAAGUAUAUACAUCAGGAUUGUUUAAUGCAAUGGAUGCGUUAUUCGCACAAGGAAUACUGUGAGCUAUGUGGUCACCGUUUUAGUUUCCAACCCAUAUACUCGCCCGAUAUGCCCCGUGUAUUGCCUUUGCGUGAUGUGGCUGGGGGUUUAAUAUCGGCCAUCAUGAAGGCGGCAAAGUCAUGGGCUCAUUAUACUCUGGUCGGUUUGGCUUGGUUUGUAAUUGUUCCGUUGUCGGCAUACCGCACGUAUCGUUAUUUGUUUCGAGCGUCAUCUUUUGAUAUGAUUAUGACAUUGCCAUUCGAUAUAUUUUCUACUGAAAAUUUGGCUUCGGAUGUUUUUCGCGGUUGUUUUGUAGUGACCUGUACGCUUUUGUCCUUUAUUGGUUUGGUGUGGUUGAGAGAGCAGAUAUUGCUUGGUGGUGGUCCGGACUGGUUGGAACGUGAAGAUGCCCCAGCUGUGGCGGAAGGUGGUGGCAACAAUGAUGGGGAGGAUGAUGUAGAUCUAAUACCUUUGCCUGAAUUUGGGGGAGCGGCAGCAGCUGAUGUUGAAGCUAACGCAGCUGCCGAUAACGAGCCAGGAGUUGGUAAUAUUUUGGAAGAAGUUAUUCCUGAAGAAGAGGUUGAACUACUGGCAGAUCAGGCGAAUGCUAAUGAGCCAGUUGCUGCUCCGGCUGUACCAGCUGCUGCUAAUAAUGAUAACAAUGCCGAAGCUCCUGUUGUAGAACCUAUGAACAAUAAUGCUCCAGCUGUAGCAGAUCCGGCAGAAAAUGAAGGUGAUCCUCCAUUAGAAUUUGGUCCUCAAUUACCUCCCGCCUUAGCUGGAGGCGCCGCCAAUAACAAUGCAAAUAACAAUGCAGCCGCCAAUGCUGCUGAUAAUGAUAACGACGAACCAAAUUGGAAUCCCAUGGAAUGGGAUCGUGCCGCCGAGGAGUUGACUUGGGAACGUCUACUGGGACUGGAUGGUUCAUUAGUGUUUUUGGAACAUGUUUUCUGGAUCAUUUCUCUAAACACCAUGUUAAUUUUUGCCUUUGCCUUCUGUCCCUACUGCAUUGGCCAUUUUAUCUUGCAAUCGAUGAAUCUAUUGAAUGCCGAUAAGCCUUUGCUACAUUUUCAUGGCCUAUUAACUACUUUAUUUGGUUAUUGUUUUAUUGGACACAUAUUGGUGGUAUUACAUUUUUUGGCAAAAGCAUUCCAUAUGAGAAGAGUUCGCAAUCUUAUAGGCUUGUGCUAUAUAGUGGUGAAGGUGUCUCUAUUGUCGGUGGUGGAAAUUGGUGUUUUGCCCUUGGUUUGCGGCUGGUGGUUAGAUAUCUGUUCACUGCCCUUGUUUGAUGCUACUCUUAAAGAUCGCAAGGCUAGUUUUACCGCCGCACCGGGUACAUCGCUCUUUGUUCACUGGAUGUUUGGAAUGGUUUAUGUUUAUUAUUUUGCUGCGUUUAUUUCUCUGCUGCGAGAAGUAUUACGUCCUGGUGUUCUUUGGUUUUUACGCAAUUUAAAUGAUCCCGAUUUUAGUCCUAUUCAGGAAAUGAUACAUCUUCCCAUUUUAAGACAUGUUCGUCGCUUGAUUUCUUCGGCCAUGAUAUUUGGUUCUGUUGUACUCCUUAUGCUUUGGAUGCCAAUUCGUAUUCUGAAAACAGUUUGGCCCACAUUUUUACCUUAUACCUUAUCUGGUGAUUCGGAAGUGAAUGAAUUAAGUUUACAACUUUUACUUUUACAGAUCAUCUUGCCCGGUUUCUUUGAACAAUCCCAUACACGCGUCUGGCUUAAAAAGCUUUUACGUAUUUGGUGUAUUUGUGUUUCAUGGAUUUUGGGUAUACGCAGCUAUCUCUUGAGCAAUGACCCGCCAGCAGAACCCACCAAUCAACAACAAGCCAACAAUGCUGAAAACAACCCAGAAAACAAUGAGAAUAAUGAACAGGAAAACAAUGCUGAUAAUGAAAAUCAAGCAGCUGCAGCAGGAGAUAAUAUAGAAGCAGCAAAUCCUGUACAAGCACAACCACAAGCACCACCUCCGCCACCACCACCGCCUCCACAAGCUGAGCGUAAUUUGGCGGCAGUGCAUCAUGCCAUAAUACAUCGUGAUGUACCGGUGGCCUUCCAACCUUAUGAUAAGCCUUCAAUAUUUCCCAUAAGACUAUGCGGUUUGAUAUUCUUCAUGUGUAUAUCACUGGUGGUGGCUUCGUUGCUGACACUAACCGUACCCGUGUGGAUAGGACGUCAGGUAAUGUCAUUGUGGUCGGUGGGCAGCAUAACGACACAGGUUGUUGUACAAAGCACUGAGGUAACACCACGACCACAUGAAUUAUAUACAGCUGCAUUAGGCACUUAUUUGUGUUGGAUGAUUACAAGAGGCAUAGCUAUAGCGGUUACUUUACUGCCACAAGGUCGAGCUGCGGUAAUGGAUAAAAUCAAACAAUGGCUUAAGGUUGGUGCCUCCUAUGCUCUACCCGUUUUGAUAAUUGUUUUAAUGCUAGGAGUCAUACCUUUACUCUUUGGCAUGCUUUUGGAGUUGGUGGUAGUUAUUCCCGUACGUGUGGGCAUACGACAAACGCCCAUCUACUUUAUUUGGCAAGAUUGGGCCUUGGGUGUUUUAUACACGAAAAUAGCUAUUGCCUUGACCUUAAUGGGUCCCGAUUGGCAUUUGAAGCGGGCUUUAGAACGUGCCUAUCGUGAUGGUUUGCGUGAUAUCGAUUUGAAAUUCUUAAUCAGCGAAUUGGCCACGCCGGUUAUAACCUGUUUCGGUCUAGCUUUGGCCAUACCUUAUGUAUUGGCCCAUUCUAUACUACCCAUUUUCUUUAAAGAUCCCUGGGUCCAAUUAGAGAUAGCACACUUUGUAUAUCCAGUAUUCUUUUCGGUUAUUGGAGCCAUUGGUUUAGUGUGUUUCCAAAUACGACAAUUCAAAAAGCUAUAUGUAGCCAUUAAGGUGGACAAGUAUUUGGUGGGACAACGUUUAGUCAACUAUGAACAUCGUAAGAAACAACAGCAAGAGGCAGCCGAUGCUGCGGCCGCUGCCCGUGAACAGGAAGAAAUGGAAAAUGUACCCAUUGCCAAUAUAGUGGAACAGGCUGAAUUGGAAAGACGUCGUAGACAGGAAGUGGAACGUCAACAAUUGGUACAAGAUUUAGUUAGAGAUGAACUUUUAUAAAAACUACGCAAAUAGAUAAGUAAUGACGUUGGGAUAUUUUUUUUCUAAAGAAAGGAGUGGAUAAUCUUUGUAGUAAAUUUAGCAAAACUAAAACAAGUAAUUUGCUUAUUUUUUUCCAUAAACAUAUUUUUUUGUUUUGUUUUUUCUUUUCUUUUAUAAGUGUUAAAUAAAUUAAACGACUAAUUCGUUAAAAAAACAAAGAAAUCACAAGUUAUUUGGAUAACAAUUUUGUAGACUUUUUUUGUAAAAAACUUAUAACUUUUCUAGAAUUUUCCAAAAAUAUUGCUGUUCAUUUGUAAGAAACAUACUUAAGUUAAAUUUCUUAAUAAUUCUAUAUUGAGAUUUUUAUUGGAAUAAACUUUUGUGUCAAUCACUCAAUCAAUAAUACCACAUAUUGUUGCAAUUUUUAACUUUUUAUAUUCUUUCUUUCUUCAACUAUCGACAAUUCUAAAACAUGAAUGAUCUUAAAAUUAAAUCAAUGAAUGAUAUAAAUAUAAAACAAUGAUCUAAAUGAUAAAUUCACUUUGAAUUUUGACAUAUUCAGAUGAUGAUGAUUCUGUUGUUAAUUGUAAAGAGAUAACAUUACACUGUAACCAGGCAAAAUAAGUUUUCUAAAAGUUAACCAAUUUCCAAACUAAA